AUGGAUGGCGACAAAGGAGGCGACGAGAAGCGCGGAGAGGAUGGAGGAAAAGGAAGCAAGAAGAGAGCCAGGAAGGGAGCUGGAAAAUGCGAAAGCUGCAAGGAGCUUGUCGAUGAGGCAAAUUUACCCGCCGCCAUUGAGAAUGCCAUCGCAGCAUGCCCUACUGACUCAGACGAGCGACGAAGUCUGCUGAUCCUCCAACGGGUCAACCAAUUGUGUCCCAAGGGUGCAGACAUCAAGCUCGACACUCAGGCGAGCAUGUUGAAUGACCUGACGAACCGGCCUGGCCCAAUGCCAAGCGAUGAACAGAUUGCUAGCGGAAGGGACCGCAGUCACAACCAUCUCUACUAUUCUGCUCUGAUACGCAGAAAUCUGGUUUCCCCUCCAGGAUGGGACACCAUUGACCACAUCUACCGUCGCAUGGAAAGGUUCAAAGCGGUAUAUAACGAGUCACAGGAGAAACCACGCCUUCGGGAUCGCGCUGCGAAGGCUUCCAAAGAGUCUACAAACGAUGGGGGCGAUGGCCCUAACAACACAGGCAAAGGUUCCUCCAACAAGAAACGCAAGAGACCUGCGACAACCAACCACUCAGCCCGCGACGAAGAAGACGAUGAAGCACAGGAAGAGGCCGAGAUUCAUGACAUGACAAGACAACAGAGAUCCUAUCCUCUUCGUGUCCCAUCAGCUGCCGCUCAACCCAUCCGCAGACCGGGUUCCUCUCCUAUUCAGUCCGGUGGCUAUCAAAUGGACAAUUCCUACCAGGUCUCGAACGACCCUGGCUACAAUCCUCACUCUGUCGCUCUUAUGAACCGAAUGUCUCAGCAGAACGCAUUCUUUCCACCCCACGGUCCAGAUGCAUUUCAGUCAGCCUUCAUGAAUCUCAAUCCUCUGAGCGGCCAUCCCAACCAUAAUAAUUACCUUGCCAAUGCAUAUGGCUUUGCCUGUGAACAACCACAAAUUCACAGCAACAUGGUCAACGAAACCUUUCAAGGAAACAUGGCGAAUCUUGGACAUGUCAUCAACCAGCCGCUCAGAACCGUCCAUCGCCCCACACCACUGAGAGCCAGCCAUCAGUCAGCCAACCCACGCCGAGUUCCUGAGCAGACCACUCAGCCCCAGAUGCUGGCGCAGAACAUUCAACAAAGACCUCCGAUUAACUACCCAAUGUUGGGUCGACUUCGAAGACAGAGACGAGCGAUUGCCUCCGGAAAUGUCUCAGAUGCUGUUAAUACUCGCGUUAACCCCUUGUUGAACGCCAGUAACGACAUCGCCACUGCUCUCGAGACCCUCGGCACCUCUUCUCGUGUCCAACUUCAUGAGGGAAACGUGGUCCCCGUGGGAUAUCCUCCGAUCACGAUGCCUGCCUCGGAGCCCCUCAACUUCGCUGCUCCUCACGACGGGGACUCUGAUAAGACCGCAGAUGAUACUAGCGCUUUCGCCGAGCAUAUUGAGGGCGAGGACACCGAGGAAGUUGAUACAAAGGAUUCUGUGAAUUGA